AUGGCGUCUAAAAUAAUCGUGGUUGGAGGCGUAAACUCGUCAUUUCGAGAAGUCUUUGCGAAGCUCCAAAAAUUGCAGACUAAGCAACAAUUCGCGUUUGCAAUUAUUUCAGGGGACCUCUUUGCAGACUCUGCAGACUCUGCUGGCAGUAAUGCGGAUGAACUCCAGGCGUUAAUGCGAGGAACGAUCCCGGUGGUUCUACCCACCUAUUUUACCGCUGGGAAGAAUGGCAUCCCAAAGGUGGUAGCUGAUAAGCUCUCCAAGGAAGAUGAAGUCUGCCCGAAUCUUUUCUAUCUCGGGAGAAGAGGAGUGCUCACUACCUCUGAGGGGAUCAAGAUUGCUGCCCUCGGUGGUAUUUCUGGGCCGGCACCAUCGGAUGCCGAUGUGGAUGAUAAAUAUCUUCCAUACCAUACAGAGGCGGAUGCAAGAUCGCUGUAUUCAGCCGAGAGCGCCGAUAUCCUAAUAACCUAUCAAUGGCCAAAAUCAAUUGAGCAAGGCUCGAAGAUCCCAACUGGCGAUCUAACAGUAGCAGGGAGCCAGUGUGUUGCGAAUACCUGUUUGGCCCUGAAGCCUCGCUAUCACUUUUCAUCCGCCACGGAUACAUUCUACGAACGCGAGCCGUUCUUCCAUGUUCCGGCAGACGAGUACACUGUCGAGAAACAUAUCACCCGCUUCAUUAACCUAGCGCCAUUCUCGACGGUAUCUAAACAAAAAUGGCUCUAUGCAUUUAGUCUAGAUCCAAAGAGCGUACUUCCUACCACAGUUCCGGCUGGGACGACACUGUCACCUCUUACCUCGAUAACUGGAAAACGUGGAGGGCUACCCAGUCAGAAAUCCUCGUUUAGCCGAUUUGCUCAAAACGAUGGCCAGCAACGUCCUGCUAAGCGUGCAAGGAAGGCUGCGCCUGGCCCAUCGGAAUGCUUCUUUUGCCUUUCGAACCCAAACAUCGCUACUCAUCUGAUUACGUCGAUCGGAUCUGAUAGUUAUCUUACGACAGCUAAGGGACCGCUGCCGACUGCAGAUACGUUCUCCACCCUGGGAUUCCCAGGCCAUAUCCUAAUAAUCCCCUUGAUCCAUGCACCAUCCCUUGCGGCGAUCGAUGACGCGGACUCUAGGCUAUCUACCUAUAAUGAAGCCCAUAAGUAUCGGUCCUCCCUUCACUCGAUGCUGCAUGAGAAGGCUGGCGGGGGACUGGGGGCAGUCACAUGGGAAGUCAGCCGGGGUCGCGGCGUGCAUAUUCACUGGCAAUUCCUGCCUGUGCAGUCGGACCUCAUUCACCGCGGUCUGGUUGAGGCUGCGUUCAAGGUAGAAGCCGAAAAUCUAGAGUACCCAAAGGUCGAGAAGCGGGAGUCAGGCUGCGAGGAGGACGGCGACUAUUUUCGCGUAUGGAUCUGGGCUCCAAAGCAGUCCUCCGAUGGGGAGGCCGUCAACGAUGCAGGUACGGAGACGACGUUAGUUCUGCCGCUUAACGACAGGUUCCGAUUCGACGUCCAGUUCGGCCGGACGGUGAUGGCGAAACUGCUUGAGCUGGAGGACCGGGUGAACUGGCGAGAUGCGUCGCAAUCGCAGGAGGAAGAGAUGGCAGACGCAGACGCCUUCAAGAAGUCGUUUGAGAAGUUUGAUUUCUCUCUUGCUGAUAGUUGA